CAUAACACUCCUCCCCCAGACCCCCACCCGCACCCAGUCGCCGUCACUCCCAAGCCCUAACCAAAAAUCCAUCCCCCCUCUUCCCGCUGGCGGCGGCCACCCCCGACGAGCCGGCGCGCCCCUCCGUCCUGCCCCCGGAGCCUGUCUCCACCGGCGAGCUCCGCCGCCCCCCGCGCCGAGCGCGCCCCGCCUCUCCAGCCUUGGUGCGCCCUACCCCUACUGCCGGGAGCGCGCGUCGCGGCGCCUCUCGCACCUCCUCGCGCCGUCGGUUGCCUAGGUUAAUGCUAGCUUCUUGAAAAAGAUGGCUGAUAAUGGUAAUGCUAAAGGGGGUUCUGGAACCUAUACAAUCAAUCUAGAUAACUUCAGUAAGCGGCUGAAGGUGUUCUAUGACCAUUGGAAGGAACACAAGUCUGAUCUUUGGGGUUCUUCUGAUGCUAUUGCAAUUGCUACCCCACCUCCUUCUGAGGAUCUUCGUUAUUUGAAAUCCUCUGCUCUGGAUAUUUGGUUACUUGGAUAUGAAUUUCCAGAAACGAUAAUUGUCUUCAUGCACAAGCAAAUACAUGUCUUGUGUAGUCAGAAGAAAGCAAAUCUGAUUGGGACCCUCAAGAAGGCUGCAAGUGAGGCUGUUGGUGCUGACAUUGUCUUGCAUGUAAAAGCUAAGAAUGGAGAUGGUGCUGACUUGAUGGAUGACAUACUGCAGACUGUUCGCAAUCAGUCGAAAUCAGGCAAUCCAAUUAUUGGGCACAUCUCAAAAGAGGCACCUGAGGGUAAGCUUCUUGAAACAUGGGCAGACAAGUUAUCUGGGUCAUCUAUACAACUUACAGAUGUGACAAAUGGCUUCUCUGAGCUUUUCUCUGUGAAGGACACCACAGAGAUCACUUGUGUGAAGAAGGCUGCUUACUUAACUACAUCUGUACUGAGAAAUUUUGUGGUUCCAAAGUUGGAGAAGGUUAUUGAUGAGGAGAAGAAAGUCUCACACUCCACAUUGAUGGAUGACACAGAAAAGGCUAUUCUUGACCCCCUCAAGGUAAAGGUGAAGUUGAAGCCUGAAAAUGUUGAUAUUUGCUACCCACCAGUCUUUCAAAGUGGGGGGAAGUUUGAUCUCAAGCCUGGUGCCUCUAGCAAUGAUGAGUAUCUCUAUUAUGAUUCUGCAAGUGUUAUCAUCUGUGCAAUUGGGUCCAAAUACUCGAGCUAUUGUUCAAAUGUUGCCCGGACAUAUCUGAUAGAUGCUACCCCUACGCAGAGUAAAGCAUAUGAGACCCUUCUGAAAGCUCAUGAUGCUGCUGUACAAACAUUGAAACCAGGCAAUCAGAUGAGUGCGGUUUAUCAAGCUGCAGUGGCAGUGAUUGAGAGAGACGCUCCUGAACUACUUCCCCAUUUAACAAAGUCAGCUGGAACUGGAAUAGGCCUUGAGUUCCGAGAAUCUGGCUUAAAUCUGAAUGCCAAGAAUGAUCGUCGGGUAAAACAGGGAAUGAUUUUUAAUGUUUCUCUUGGUUUGCAUAAUCUCCAGGCAGAAACCACCAGUGAGAAGACGAAGCAGUUUUCGCUGUUGUUAGCUGAUACUGUUUAUGUCACUGAAAAAGGAAAUGAGAUCUUGACGGCACCAUGCUCCAAGGCUGUUAAGGAUGUUGCCUAUUCAUUCAAUGAAGAUGAGGAAGAUGCUCCUGCAGCGAAAGUGGAGUCGAAGCCCGUGGAUGUCGUGCCAACCAAGGCAACUCUCAGGUCGGACAACCAGGAGAUGUCCAAGGAAGAGCUCAGGAGACAGCACCAGGCUGAACUUGCUCGUCAAAAGAAUGAAGAGACUGCUAGAAGGCUUGCUGGGGGUGGUUCUGGUUCUGGUGAAGGACGUGGUCCUGCGAGAGCGUCGAAUGAGCUUGUUGCAUACAAGAAUGUUAAUGAUGUACCUUUUGCAAGAGAGUUGGUGAUACAGGUAGAUCAGAAGAACGAAGCUGUUCUCUUACCUAUUUAUGGCAGCAUGGUGCCUUUCCAUGUUUCUACUGUGAAGAGUGUGACAAGCCACCAGGACAACCGUACCUGUACUAUCCGCAUCUUCUUCAAUGUGCCUGGCAUGCCAUUCUCAAAUGAUAGCAAGCUGAAUUCUCAAGGUGCUAUCUACCUGAAAGAAAUUACAUUCCGCUCAAAAGACCCACGGCAUAGCAGUGAAGUUGUUCAGCAGAUCAAAACGUUGAGGAGGCAAGUUGCUUCAAGGGAGUCAGAGAGAGCUGAAAGGGCAACCCUUGUUACUCAGGAGAAGCUUCAGAUGGGAAACAACAGAAUGAAGAUGAUGAGACUUUCUGAUGUGUGGAUCCGACCUGCUUUUGGUGGCCGCGGGAGGAAGCUCACAGGAAAUCUUGAGGCUCAUUUCAAUGGUUUCAGAUAUUCUACUUCAAGGGCUGAUGAGCGUGUGGACAUCAUGUACGGGAAUAUAAAGCAUGCCUUUUUCCAGCCUGCAGAGAAAGAAAUGAUUACUCUGCUUCAUUUCCAUUUGCACAACCAUAUCAUGGUUGGAAACAAGAAGACAAAGGAUGUCCAGUUUUAUGUUGAAGUGAUGGAUGUUGUACAAACUCUUGGUGGCAGUAGGAGAUCUGCACUCGAUCCUGAUGAGAUUGAGGAAGAGCAGCGUGAGAGGGACAGGAAGAACAGAAUAAACAUGGAUUUCCAGAACUUUGUGAACAAGGUUAAUGACCACUGGUCACAGCCACAGUUCAAAGGGCUCGAUCUGGAGUUUGAUGUCCCUUUGAGAGAGCUUGGGUUUCAUGGGGUCCCUUACAAGGCUUCUGCUUUCAUAAUUCCAACUUCUACUUGUUUGGUUGAGCUGAUUGAGACCCCCUUCCUUGUGGUGAGCCUGAGCGAGAUAGAGAUUGUUAACCUGGAGAGGGUGGGCUUUGGAACAAAGAACUUUGACAUGGCUAUCGUGUUCAAGGACUUCAAGAAGGAUGUUCUCCGCAUAGAUUCCAUCCCUUCAACAUCACUCGACGCGAUAAAGGAGUGGCUGGAUACAACUGACCUCAAGUACUACGAGAGCAGGCUGAAUCUGAACUGGCGUCCAAUCCUGAAAACUAUCAUUGAUGAUCCUCAGAAGUUCAUUGAUGACGGUGGCUGGGAGUUCCUGAACAUGGAGGCGAGCGACUCUGAGACUGAGGAGACAGAGGAGUCGGACCAGGGCUAUGAGCCUUCUGACGCUGAGCCUGAGUCCGAGUCAGAAGAUGAUGACUCUGACAGUGAGUCCCUGGUGGAAUCUGAUGAUGCUGAUGAGGAGUCCGACGAGGACUCGGAGGAGGAGAAGGGUAAGACGUGGGAGGAGCUGGAGCGCGAGGCAAGUAACGCGGAUCGGGAGCAUGGUGCUGAGUCGGACAGCGAGGAGGAGCGGAGGCGCCGCAAGGCGAAGACCUUUGGCAAGUCGCGCGCGCCUGAGCGCAGCGGCUUCAAGGGAGCUCCGCCCUCCAAGAAGCCAAAGUUCAGGUGAACUGUACCUGCUGGCUGCUAUGGUGGCGUGGUUGCUUCCUGAACCUCCCUCACUUGAGGAGGCAUGUCUGUAGGAGUGUCGUUUGUUAUCUCUACUAGAUUACCUUGUUACUACUUUCUGCCUCUGCAGUAGCUUAGUCCAUUUAGGUGAAAAGUGACAGCUGAAUUCCGGUGAACUUGAUCAUAGUGGAUGAGAUGAACAUUGAACUUGCGUCAUUGGGGAAAGGAGAUCCUGGGUUGAUUGAUUGGUGUAAUAUCCUCAUUGAUGUAACAUUUUCCUGGUAGUAGGUGGACCUCCAGGUUGUAUAAUAUUUAUUUGUGCUUGCAGUUCAACCUUUUUGGUACAUUAUAACCCUACAUGGCAGUGCUGGUCUAAUGGAGUUCUCUUUCUCGGAUGCA